UUAGUCGAGCUCCUCCUCCCGACGUGUCUGAGUGAUUGGCGCCGGAAGUUGUAGCCCGUUCUGUGCCGGUGUGGUGACGUCUGGAGGGCGGGGCUUCAGCAGCAUGGCGGCGGACAUUCCACAUUCAUUUUUCACCUGGUCUCUCCUGCUUCUGGCCAGUGUGCAGGCCUUGAACCCCAGCCACUACUUGAGCCAUGCCGAUGUAGAUCGACUUAAGGACACCUUGGAACAACCUGUGUCUAGCUUGGAAAAUGCAUACUACUAUGUAGUAGGCCUCAAGGCACUUGGGCACACUGUGUCAGAUGAACAGGCAGCAUGUGAUUUCAUCCGCUCCAAUGUUGACUCUGGUAGUGUGGAUUCUCUCUUCUAUGCAGCUCAGGCUAGCCAGGCUCUUUCCAGCUGUGAGGUGACUAUUAGCAAUGAAACCAGAGACCUCUUGCUUGGAGCAAUCAGUGAGGACUCCUCCGUUACCCAGAUAUACCAUGCCGUAGGUGCUCUCAGUGGCUUUGGCCUCCCAUUUGCAUCACAAGAAGUAGUAAGCGCUCUUACCACCAGGCUCAGCAAGGAGGAAAAUGUUUUGGCCACCAUUGAAGCCUUGCUCACCGCCUCAUUCCUAUCCCAGCAAGCUGACUUGCGUGGUAUUGUGGAGGAAAUAGAGGAUCUUGUUGCUCGUCUUGAUGAUCUAGGGGGUCAGUACUUGCAGUUUGAAGAAGGUCUGGAAGCCACUGCUUUGUUUGUGGCAGCAACUUACAGACUGUCAGACCAUGUAGGCAUGGAACCAGCAUUGAAGGAGGAGCAGAUUGUGCCACUGAUGAAUGCCAUCUUCAGCAGGAAGAAUUUCGAUUCCAUCUCAGAGGCUUUCAGUGUUGCAUUGGCAGCCUCUGCUUUAUCGCACAAUCAUUAUCACAUUCCCCUCAUUGUGGUACCUGAUGGCCCUGCUGCCGUGUCUCAUAAACAGCCACUGCUCAAGUUGCUUGUCACAAACGUGUUGUCACAGCCUCUGACCGAAGCCAAAGUCAAAGUGAACCAGGCCAAGUCCAGCAGCACAAAAGCAACCGUCCUGCAACAAGCCACAUUCUCUGCAUCCGGGGAUUCAUUUGAGCUGAACUUCAUGGAUGCCAAGCCAGCUAGUGGCUACUAUGACUUCUCUAUCAGUGUGGAAGGAGACCUCCGUUUCUUGGCCAGCCAGGUGGAGCUUAAGGUGAAAGUGUCCACUGAGGUGGGGAUUGGAAACGUCGACCUCUCUAUUGUUGACAAAGACCAAAGUAUCUCUCCUAAGACGACCAGAGUCAAUUUCCCUUCAAAAGCCAAAGGGCCAUUCACUGCAGACAGUCAUCAGAACUUUGCACUGUCCUUCCAGCUUACUGAUGUAAACACAGGAGCUAGCCUCACACCUCACCAGACUUUCGUUCGGCUGCAUAACCAAAAGACAGGUCAAGAGGUUGUCUUUGUAGCUGAGCCAGACAAUAAGAACACCUAUAGGUUUGAGCUUGAUCCAUCAGAGAGGAAGUCUGAAUUUGAUUCUGCAUCAGGGACAUACACACUCUACUUGAUUGUGGGAGAUGCAACUCUAGAGAACCCUAUCCUAUGGAAUGUAGCUGAUGUACUGAUUAAGUUUCCAGAAGAGGAUUCUCCAGUUCCCAUUCAGUCCAAGAACCUGUUCAUCCCUAAACCAGACAUUCAGCACUUGUUCCGAGAGCCUGAGAAGAGGCCACCAACUGUGGUAUCAAACACCUUUACUGCUUUGGUCCUUGCACCUCUACUGCUUCUUUUUAUCCUGUGGAUAAAGAUUGGUGCAAAUAUUUCCAAUAUCAGCUUCUCACCCAGCACUAUCAUCUUUCACCUGGGACAUGCAGCCAUGCUGGGUUUGAUGUACGUGUACUGGACACAGUUGAACAUGUUCCAGACAUUGAAGUACUUGGCUAUGAUUGGGACCAUCACAUUCCUGGCAGGAAACCGCAUGCUUGCUCACAAAGCAGUAAAAAGGACUGCAGCUGAGCAAAGCAGUAGGCUGGCAAAAUAUAGGACGCUUCGGUAAACUCUGGGCUUCUGGUGAAGGCAGAGAAGUGAAUUAAGACAAAACGUCUCGAAAAUUACAGCGCUCAUACAUUUGUACAGUUUCAAAUGUCAGUCUGAGUGGGUUUUUUUUCUAUUUUUUACAACAAUUUUGUCUCCUCCCCCUUUUUUUUCUGUUGUGCACUGAUUUGUCCCAUAACUGAACUUCAGUGGUUCCCUUCCCCUGUCUCCAUUAAAAAUUUUGAAGGACAACCUAAUCGCAUCCACCCAUCGUUACUGUGCUUAGGGAACCCAUGAACCCGUUGUAUGCAGAAGGGACGGUCACAAGUACAGACUCAUGAUUUUUUUCAGAAUGGGGUUUUAGAGUCACCGUGUUUGUACGUGGCCAUGAAAAGAGAUUGUUUCAGGGACUGGAAAAAAGAAAAAUCUGUUUUGUUCCUGUGAAAAUAAAAUUGAAGGUGAGAGGGA